AGGCCCCAGAAUAAGACUUCACUCAUGGAAAUUAUGAGAGUGCGGACUGGCAGUGAUACCAGCUUUGAAAAUCUCAGACGAGUACACAGCACAGGCUUCGGAAAGGUUGGUGUAUUUGUUUGAUACUUAGAGUUGUUGAAAGAGCCGUUUGAUAUCAUUCUUAUGGAACAACAUUCUUUCCAAGUUACUGAUCGUCAUCUGUGUGUCCUAGCCUGUAGUCUUGUACUAAGGGCCAUCCAUAAACAUUGUCACAUGUCUCUUUGGGGGCGUGGGAAGGGUUUCCACAAACUUGUGGAGGAUUUUGAUAAAAGUGAUUAAUAUGUUUUACAAUUUUAUGGUUUGGGAAAAAAAGUUGUUGAAAUUUUGUGAUAUCAUUUAUGGAUGGUCCCUUACUGCUCUAAGAAGAUGAACAUAAAUAUAGGUAUAUAUAGGAUUAAAGAUACAAUCUCGUUCACCUUACUAUUUCUUUGUUUGGUUCUCUUGUCACAAUCUUUACUUCUUUCGAGAUACCAGUAAUUGACUGCACACCCACAGGUCUAUUUAGGGAAUGACAACAAUGGUGGCAUAAUCUCUGUGAUACCCCUUGUUAGUGAAGCCCUCCUGUUUGUCCUGGAUGAUACACAGUUUGAUACAGGCCACGGCUCAUUUAUGGAAAGGUAAGGUUGUCCUGGAUGAUACACAGUUUGAUACAGGCCACGGCUCAUUUAUGGAAAGGUAGGGAUGUCCUGGAUGAUAGACAGUUUGAUACAGGCCACGGCUUAAAAAAGCGCACUGUAUUUAAAUGUAAAUGUGAGAUAAUGUUAAAGAGCUAAAGAGCAUUCAGCUGCAGACAAGUAAAUAAAAUGAAAAGAGAAGUAUAUUGUAUAAGAAUAAGUAAUAGUAGAUGAACUUAUCGCUCUAUACUUCUUAGACAUCCUGGUCAAACAUAGUCCUUAAAUGUAUGCUUCUUAAACAUCCUGGUCAGCAAUAGCCCUCUCAAUGUACACUUCUUAAACAUCCUGGUCAGCAAUAGCCCUCUCAAUGUAUACUUCUUAAACAUCCUGGUCAGCAAUAGCCCUCUCAAUGUAUUCAUCUCAGAUGUCCUGGUCGGCACUCAUUCAAAUUAAGUGCAAUAAUAAUGUUAAAAAUCCUUCUACCCACUGUCUAUUGUAAUUCAUGGCAUAAGUUACUGUUAUUAAAAUUUGUAAUUAAAUGGACUAGUUUCUGGCUUCUAGUUUUGUUUAAAAAGUCAGUUAUUUCGCUGUAUAUGAUGUAUGAACUAUUUUAUGGUUGUGGAUCAGGACAUGACAAAAAUAAAAGUGCAUGGUAAGAGCUGCAUAGUCUCAAUGGUGUUAUGAUUUAGAAAAUCAAAUUCUUUAUGACAAGCUUUACACAAUUUCAAUUUAAUAACUGACCCCCAAAGUGAGAAAAGAUUUUAAAAAGUUAUUAAAUUUUUAUUUAAUCUAAUGCCAGUAUGGAAUGGAUCAAAAUGCCAGUCACAGUGAGACAGAUGAAGCCGGAUGUUAAGCCAGAGGAUGUCAUAGAUCUUUUUAUAACAGAUGCUGAAUACUUGGGGUAAAUCAUUUUUAAUUAUGAAAUUAAUUUCAAUUGACUUAUUAUAAAACAUCUUCAUUCUAACCUUCAAAUAUAAUGUUAGAAAAUUUAAACGAGGAUAAUGAUUGAUCUUCCUUUGUUCCAGAAAACUGCGCCACCCAAAUGUGCUGUUGUUGAUGGGAAUUUGCCAGUCUAUGAACUUUGAUGCCAUACUGCUAAUUUUUGAAAACAUUGAGAUGGCAAAUCUUCACAAUUAUUUACAUCAAUUAGUAAGUCCUCUGUAAGUGUUUGUGUUAUAAAUUAUGGCUGUAUUCUCAUUUUGUCUGCUACUCUUAUUGAUAUUUAAUAAGAUGAAAUUACAUUAUUUUAAAAUCUCAAAGACUUUUUAUUGCAUUGAAUCCCAAAAUUGAUUUGGUUAAUUAGAAUAUUGGUGACCUAAUUGUGACAGAAAUACAUGUUUGCUUUUCAUUAUUUUAACCAUGCAGUUUUCAGUAGAUGAUUUAAAAAGCAAUUAGGACAUCUACUACUUCGUGUCAUUGUUCAGACAUGAUUAAGAAAGUCAACUUUGCUUUAGAGUAACUUAACAAUUUUAUAUCCAUACCUUGCCCUCCUCCUCCCCAUUUUUCACUACUGGGAAAAAAAAUUUCUUGCUUCCCUCUGUUAUAAAACAAUUAUAGUUUUGAAGUAAAAUUACAUUCAUUCAAAUUGCGAAUAUAAAAUUUUCAUGCAUUACAAAAACAAGUUUUAUUUCUAUAUUUAGUAGGUAAAAUUCUUGGGAGAUUUCUUUAAAAAAGUUAAAUACAACGAAUGACACUAAAAUUUUUCAAAUGAUGAUGAAUAUUAAAAGAGUUGGAUGUAAUAACUGCACAGAAACCUUUGUACUCCAUCAGGGCAAUCACCCCCAGUUUUCCCUCCAGAUGACAAUAGCCAAUCAUGUGUGUCAUGCUAUGGACUUCAUACACAACCAGAAUUUAAUUCAUUGUGGCCUGUCCUCCAUGGCAGUCUACUUGGUAUCUAGCACUUGUGUCAAAGUCGGAAAUUUCGAGUUCAUGGUUGAAAGGUCUGUACGAACCCUUAAUAUUUAUGCACUUUGGAUCAUUAUCUGGGGGAUUGGACUUCAGCAGUUGCGUGAAUUGUAAAAUUUGACGUAGCAAAGAUAGAUUUGUUAAAUGACAAAACUGAUAUAUAUGAAUGUCAAUUGUAGAGUAAGGAUGACAUAAGCUUAAUUUUACUCUAAUGAGUAUGCCUCAUUAAGCAAGGAAAUCUACAUGUAACAAUUAUCAAUUUAAUCAUAAAAUUGUAUUAUGACUAGAAAAUAGCUCACUAUUUUAGUUCUGUUUUAUGCAUGCAUAAGGAUUUAGUUUUAAAUGUACACUUAUAGUUAUAAAAAGGACUUAUUUUUAAAUGCCUACUUAUGAUUGUAUAAAAGACCUAGAUUUAAAUGUACACAUUUACACACGAAUAAGCCAAUGUCAUUUUACACCCUUUUCAAAGUAUUGUAAACAUUUUGUGAAAAUACAUUUCAAGUGCGAAAUAAAGAGAUUGGGAACAUUUUAAGGUGGAUUACAUCUCAAAAACCACAUCAUUUUACACAUGCGAAAAUGUUAUCUAAAAAAUAGACCUCUAACUUUACCCUUUCAUGAAAGUACAGUUCAGGGGCAUGAACAACUAUGGGUUAAGAUUUUCUUUCAAAAUAUGAAAAUAUUUGUUCCCACUUUUUGCAAAAUACAGUUCAUGGUGGGUAAAUAUUUACGGGAUUAAGACUUCUUUAAAAAAACAAAGGCUGUUACAUAUGGGAAAUUUGAUUUGAAAACUCUUCUUUAGAUAUCUAACUAAAUUAGACACAAACAGUGUGUAAAUAAAACAAGAUAUUAUUAUGUUCAGCUUUAAUGCUUCUUACAUGUAGCCUACCUAAAAAAUUGAAGAGAAUGAGAAUGGGCGCAAACCCAGACAAAAACAAAGUUAAGAAGAACAGAAAGGAAGUGAGUGGAAGUAAACGUUACAAACCAAACAGGUUAAGGCAUGGCUGCCGUUAAUUUUUAGUGAGACGAUAUGUUUUCUUUGUAGUUCAAGGGUGUGAAAAGGGGUUCGGUAGGCUAAUAUUAUAUAGAAGAUAAAAAUUUCUAAAAAAUGUCAAUAUCUAUACACAGUGAGUAAUGGAAGGUCUGAUUUAUUUCCUGAAUAUACAUUAUAAUGGCUUUUAAAUUUUCUUAUUUAAAAAAAAGAUUUUUUGAGGAUGCAAUAGAUUAAAAAUCAAUUCAGUUACUUAUGUAAAAAAUUGAAUUUUAAGAUGUUGAGACUUUGCAAUAGCAGAUAGAGUAGCAGAAUAUGUCUUCGAUUGUUACGUCAGUUACACCGGGCCAAAUCUUUUAGUGGUUGUGUAAAGGAACUUAGUUUAACAUGUACACUUAUGGUUGUGUCAAUAUUUUAAAUGUUUUAAUUUCCACACAUAGUGGCCACCAAGUAAUUCUUAAAUAGCUGACAGCUAAGUCUAUGUGAACAUUUGUCCAUAGUGACCAAGUUAUUCUUAAAUAGCUGACAGCUAAGUCUAUGUGAACAUUUGUCCAUAGUGACCAAGUUAUUCUUAAAUAGCUGACAGCUAAGUCUAUGUGAACAUUUGCCCACAGACAUUUAAAACCAAUUUUAUAAACAGCCAUCAGUUUUUCAUACCGCAGCUGAGAAAACUUUAAUUUGUUGUUAGUCUGGACAGCCGUUGAGAAUGCUAUUAAAUUCCUUCCAGUGUGAAGGCAGACCUGGGUAAAACAAGCCGUGUGUCCCAUAUUGCUAGCGGACGGGCCGUAUACAACUGGAUGUCACCUGAACUUCUCAUGGGUCACACACCUCGCUUCUGUUCUGAUAUCUACAGUUACUGUUGUAUCUUGUGGGAGACUUUUACUGGUAAGGAGAUACUUAAACAGAUGUUUGGUUACUAUUUUGGUGUCAAUCUUACAAAGCUGUCAUUUAUUGUUGUUAUACAAAAAUGAAAAAAAUACUUUUUAAAUAAAAGUUAAUUAAGUCGUCAAAAUACAAUAAACUUAUGAUAAGAAAUAUUUGUUAUUUUUCCAAAAAGGCAUAGUGACAAGAACGCAUAGUGACAAGAACGCAUAGUGACAAGAACGCAUAGUGACAAGUAAGCAUAGUGAUGAGUAAGCAUAGUGACAAGUAAGCAUAGUGACAAGUAAGCAUAGUGACAAGAAAGCAUAGUGACAAGUAAGCAUAGAGACAAGUAAGCAUAGAGACAAGUAAGCAUAGUGACAAGUAAGCAUAGUGACAAGUAAGCAUAGUGACAAGUAAGCAUAGUGACAAGCAAGCAUAGUGACAAGUAAGCAUAGUGAUAAGUAAGCAUAGAGACAAGAAAGCAUAGUGACAAGAACGCAUAGUGACAAGUAAGCAUAGUGACAAGUAAGCAUAGUGUUUUAUUAUUUUUUGGGGAAGCUUAAACAAAUAAAAAAUGCAAGCUAUAUUGAUUCAGCACGAUCACAUUUUUUUAAAAAACUUGUGUAAUGUACAACUGUAAGAGAUUUUAAAAUAUGACACAGUCAUAUGUUGGAAGAAGAUGAUGUUCAACUUUUAUUACAGGAAACCAUAAAGAAGUUUUAUCGCUAUGUGCCACAAUCAGGUGUGCCACAAUCAGGUGUGCCACAAUCAGGUGUGCCACAAUCCAGUGUGUCACAAUAAGGUGGAGAUGUGUACUCACUAUGUGCCACAAUAAGGUGGAGAUGUGUACUCACUAUGUGCCACAUUCCAGUGUGCCACAAUCAGGUGUGCCACAAUAAGGUGUGCCACAAUAAGGUGGAGAUGUGUACUCACUAUGUGCCACAAUGAGGUGGAGAUGUGUACUCACUAUGUGCCACAAUGAGGUGGAGAUGUGUACUCACUAUGUUCCAAAAUGAGGUGGGGACGUGUACUCACUAUGUGCCACAAUCCAGUGUGCCACAAUCAGAUGGAGAUGUCUACUCACUAUGUGCCACAAUCAGGGGGAAAUGUGUACUCACCAUUGCCACAAUCAGGUGGAGAUGUGUUCUCACUAUGUGCCACAAUGAGGUGGAGAUGUGUACUCACUAUGUGCCACAAUAAGGUGGAGAUGUGUGCUCACUAUUGCCACAAUCAGGUGGAGAUGUGUACUCGCUAUGUGCCACAAUAAGGUGGAGAUGUGUACUCACUAUGUGCCACAAUAAGGUGGAGAUGUGUACUCACUAUGUGCCACAAUAAGGUGGAGAUGUGUACUCACUAUUGCCACAAUCAGGUGGAAAUGUGUACUCACUAUGUGCCACAAUCAGGUGGAGAUAUGUACUCACUAUGUGCCACAAUAAGGUGGAGAUGUGUACUCACUAUGUCCACAAUCAAGUGGAAAUGUGUACUCACUAUGUGCCACAAUCAGGUGGAAAUGUGUACUCACUAUGUGCCACAAUCAGGUGGAAAUGUGUACUCACUAUGUGCCACAAUCAGGGGGAAAUGUGUACUCACUAUGUGCCACAAUCAGGUGGAAAUGUGUACUCACUAUGUGCCACAAUCAGGUGGAAAUGUGUACUCACUAUGUGCCACAAUCAGGUGGAAAUGUGUACUCACUAUGUGCCACAAUCAGGGGGAAAUGUGUACUCACUAUGUGCCACAAUCAGGGGGAAAUGUGUGCUUCCAAUAUGUAUUUGGUGUCUCUUUACAAGUUGUAUUAUGGACUAAAGUGUUUACUCCCAUAUUUCCAUCAGUGUCCAGUUGUAACCUAAAUACGGCCGGGUGGGGGGGGGGGGCUGUUAUGGUGCCUUUGAUUCUUCAAACCAUUUUGAUUGCUUUGUGUCAUUAUGUCCAGGUGAGAUACCGUGGGAAGGCCAGGAUCCUGACUACAUCAAAUACAAAGUUGUGGAAGAAAACCAACCACUAAACUUGGCCUUCGUGAGACUACCUUCCAAACUCAGGGCCAUUAUAGGAUAUGGGUUGGAGCUGAAGCCAGAUGAACGACUCCAGAAAUUCUCUCUCAUUUGCGAUUGGUUGAAGUCAGAUGUAAGUAAUAUUUUGUAUUAAUCAGAACCAAUUCAAACAAAUUAAGGGAGAGCGGGGUGUUCACCAUUAUACAAAUUUUGAUUUUCUACUUUCAACUCUUCCAGUGUAUUUGACUAGAUGGGCAGCCACUAAGUGAGCCACCUCCCCUGACUCUGCUAAUGCUGUCAAUUCUUAAGGUUUCUUGUUGCUCAUAGUUAGAUAUUGCAGCAAUGACAAAAAUGAAAAAGUUUGAUAUUUUGAAAUAAAAAAAUGAUGUAACUUUGCUCACAAGUGAACUAAAUGUCAAUACUUAAAUAUGUUCAAUUUGACAUACAUCGGAUUUAUUCUUCUUGUACCUACCAAACUUUUCAAGGGCCAAAAGGAUUAUAAUUUAAAUUUGAUUGCUUAUUUCUAUUAAAGCAAUAAAAUUCUGUUCUCACACUCCACCCAUAAAUGACUGUUUGAUUCCUGACUUCACCUAGUGUCUCUCACACUCCACCCAUAAAUGACUGUUUGAUUCCUGACUUCACCUAGUGUCUCUCUAGUCUUCUUGAAAAUAGCGCAGUCUUGUCAGGAAAAGUUUUGCCAAAAGAAUCUAGGUGUGUGCCAUUAGGUCAGAUUUGUUCAAAUAAUCCCAUUCUUUAUUUCAUAUAUCAUUUAUUUGUAAUCAUAAUUUGCUCCUUGCGGUCAUCUAUCAUUUAUUUUCAUGUCAAAGUGUGUGAAAAUGUCAAUCAUGAUGGACUCUUUUUGACUUGAAAUCUCCAGUAUUCCUAUAUAUAAUUUUUAAUUCUACAGAAUGCGCGGCCACGAUGGCCUCCCCAUGACAGAAAAAACAAAUCUGGCAACUUUACUGAGCAAAACUCAUCUUCAUCUUCCACACAAUCAUCAGUAAGAGAAGAGGUCGGGGGAGAAGGGAGGUGGACACAGGACAAUUUGUGUUUCAGUUCAAGGUUUGUGCUGAGCUGCUAUUCACACUGUUUGCUUAAUUUUCACCAGGCUGAUCUUUUAAUUCACACACAUAAAUAAAGAGGUAGAAACAUAAAGACAAUAAAACUCCAUUGUCAAUCAACAACAGUGCUGACAUUGGCUUUUAAAAAUUGCUUUGUGUUUUAUCUAUAGUGACUUUCAAUAUCCAUAGUACUGUCCCAAAUAAUUCCCUUGCAUUAGCUAUUAAUUAACAACCUAUUAAAUGCAAACCAACUGUAAAGAAAGACAUGUCCAAUUUUACUAUAUUAAAUGUCCUUAUAUGAUCUUUUACUGUACAAUAAGGCGUGAAAACUUUUGCAGGUCUCUCUUGUGUUGGUCUUAUAAAGAGCCCAAUGUUUGUGCUUAGAUGGAUCCACUGCAUUAUAAAAGUUUAUAAGACACAUUCACUUCCUUUCCAAUAUGGUGCACACACAUGGCAGUUCAUCAUAAUUCUACAUCUUCUUUUUUUUUUUUUACAGCGAUAGUUUUCAAGAAGGCUGUACCACACCUCCCACAAUAGAAACUGUAUUCCAUGAUUCACCAUCAUCUCUCUCACCCUUUAAUGCAUGUCUCAAUUCUCCUUGGGUAAAAUCAGAUUUUUAUUGAGAUUUGUUUGAGUUUCCGUUUUAAUGUUCAAAUUACACCGUUAAUAAAUAAUGUUGAUUGAUAAAUUUAAUGUUCUCUGAAAUCAUUUCUCAUGUACCCUGUAUCAGAACCGAAAUGGGAGAUAUAGGCCCAGUCGUUAUCGAUAUAGCAAGAAUGAAAGCAUUCAAGUUUAAAUGUCUAAUUUAUAAAUUUCUUGUCACAUUUUGGGAAAUUUAGUUAAGAAUAAAAUAUAGAAUUUAUUUCAGCAUAGUUUAAUAUGCAAAUCUAUAACAAGGGGUAUGCAACGGUUGUGACUUGGAUUUUUCCCCUGCCAAAAAUUUAAGCUAUAAGUUGGGUGACUAGAAAUUAAACCCGAAUUAAGCCCACUGCACUCAAAUUAAAACAAUAUUGUGGCCUGAUGUAGACCGAUUGCACUCAAAAUAAAACAGUAUUGUGGCCUGAUCUAGCCCCACUGCCCUCAAAAUAAAACAAUAUUGUGGCCCGAUGGAGGCCCACUGCACUCAAAAUAAAGCAAUAUUGUGGCCUGAUCCAGGCCCACUGCACUCAAAAUAAACAAUAUUGUAGGCCCACUGCACUCAAAAUAAAACAAUAUUGUGGCCCGAUGUAGACCCACUGCACUCAAAAUAAAACAAUAUUGUGGCCUGAUGUAGGCCCACUGCACACAAAAUAAAACAAUAUUGUGGCCCGAAGUAAGCCCACUGCACUCAAAAUAAACAAUAUUGUGGCCCGAUGUAGGCCCAAUGCACUCAAAAUAAACAAUAUUGUGGCCUGAUGUAGGCCCACUCCACACAAAAUAAAACAAUAUUUUGGCCAGAAGUAAGCCCACUGCACUCAAAAUGAACAAUAUUGUACAUUAAACUUUUACUUGCAAUUUGCAAUUUCUUUUAUUUUUGUUUUCAUAAACUCUAAAAUAUGAAAUUAUUAGAUUUUACUGCUUGCUUCAAUUGACUGUUGUAUUUUUAAACUAUUAUUAUUACAAAUGAUGAAAAUUAACAAUUUAACAUUUAUUUUUUAUUAGAUUCUAUUGCUAUGGAUUUUAGACCAGUGUCGACCUAUAUCUGCACAAAUGAGCUUCUUUUCAUGGUCAUAUUUCCAUGUUUUUGAUAUGUGAACUUGUAAUAUCAAUACUUAACAUCAUUUUUAGUACUGAGUUUUAACAUUUUUUUUGUAAAGAAUUAGAAGAACCUGAUUUUCUCAUUAAACAGACGGGUGAGAAGAACUCGGCAGAGUUCUCACUUCCGGUCAAGCCAGCAUCUCACUUCCAGU